ACCAACACUACCAACACCAAUCCCAACACAACACACCAAACCAUGGACGAAAUCUCACCCAUCGACCCUGAAAGCCCACCAGAUAACCAAAACACCACCCCUCCCGCAACAACAAUCACCCCCCUCCAGUUCGACCCACCACCCCCCCAACGCUCCACCCUCCGCACAACAAGCAUAAUCCUCAUUCUUUGCCUAACCCUCUUCAUCUCCGCCCUCGACCAAACCAUAAUCUCCACCACCAUCCCCACAAUCACCAAAUCCCUCAACUCCGCAGCAGGGUACACCUGGAUCGGCGCCUCCUACCUCCUCGCCAUCUGCGCCGCCAACCCCAUCUGGAUCCGAAUCAGCGACAUCUGGGGGCGAAAGCCCGCCCUCCUCUCCACAAUCGUCAUCUUCGCGAUUGGAAGUCUUCUCGCCGCGACCAGCAGGACAAUGGCGAUGUUGAUCGCCGGACGCGCAGUGCAGGGACUCUCAGGUGGGGGACUCAUGGCGCUGGUGAACAUCGUGAUCUCGGAUUUGUUUAGUAUGCGCCAUCGAGCACUGUAUAUUAGUGCUACCGCUUUGGUAUGGGUGUUGGCUGGGACCACGGGGCCGGUGAUUGGCGGGGCCUUGGCAGAGUUUGUGGGGUGGAGGUGGUGUUUUUGGAUAAAUUUGCCGGUUUGUGGGGUUGCGUUUAUCAUCGUGCUUUUAUUUUUGGACCUACACAACCCGCGUACGAAUCUCUCGGAGGGAUUGAAAGCGGUUGAUUGGUUGGGGGGUAUUUCCAUCCUUGCUGUCAUUCUGCUUCUUCUCCUAGGGUUGGAUUUCGGGGGUGUGAGUUUCGCUUGGUCUAGUGCGACGGUCAUAUGCAUGAUUGUUGUGGGGACGGUACUGAUAGGUAUGUUUUUGUUUGUGGAGAGAAAGGUGGCGCGGUAUCCGCUCAUGCAUCUCGGGGUAUUCAACCAUUGGGAGAAUGUAGCCGUGAUACUUGUGGCCGCGGCACAUAGUAUGGCUACGCGAGGAGCGGAGUAUUAUCUCCCGUUUUACUUCCAGUCUGUGAAGGGGGCGAGUCCCACGCGGAGCGGGGUGUUGGUGUUACCUAUGAUGAUUGCCGCGUCGGUGAGUGAUGUUGUUGUUGGGGUGGUUGUGCAUAAGACGGGCCGGUAUCGAGAGGUUAUUUGGUUGGGAAGUGUGGUGUUGACGCUGGGGACGGGGUUGUAUGUUCUGCUUGGUGUGGAUACCUCGCUUGCGGAGAUUAUAGUGUUUCAGGUGGUUGGUGGGGUGGGAUUAUCGUUGUUGUUGUCGACGCCGAUGUUGGCGAUACAGAAUACGGUGAGGCAGGGGGACGUUGCGGUGGCGACGGCGACGUUGGGGUUUGUGAGGAGUAUUGCGACGUCGUUGGCGGUGGUUAUAGGGGGGGUGGUGUUUCAGGAUAGUAUGGCGAUGAGGAAGGGGGGGUUGGUGGAGGCGGGGCUGGAUGCGGAGUUGGUGGGGUUGUUUGGCGGGGAGGAUGCGGCGGCGAAUGUGGAUGUUAUUGGGAGUAUUGGGGAUGUAGGGCAGCAGAGGGCGGUCAGGGAGGCGUAUGCGUGCAGUAUUAGGAAUAUGUUUGUUUUGUAUACUGCGGCUGCGGCGGUGGGGGUGUUGGCGGCGCCGUGGGUGAGGCAGAGGGUUAUGAGUGGGGAGCAUACGGAGACGAAGACGGGGGUGGAGAAUAUGAGGGAGAGGGGGAAGGAGUGA